UUUCCUUGCGUGGGACAUCAGGACACCUCCUCCAAGGCGUGGAGAAAAAUGAGGAAGUAUCAAGAGGACUCAUAAGUUUACUUUGACUUAUUAGUCAUGCAUCAUUAAGCUAUGAUAUUUAGUCUCUAUGGCAAAGCUGUGCCUCUUCGUGCUGCGCUGCGUGACAUUACUUAGGGCUGCUGUGUGCCUGCUGUCACCUUCUGAAGGAGAAAAUGUCACGCCCCCUGCAAAUGUCACCUUCCAAAAGGAAUUUUUUAUUCAUGUUUUAAUGUGGAAUCAUGACAAAACCAAUGGUGAUGGCAUCUUGUAUGAAGUUGAGUAUAGAAGUUAUGGCUCCAACUGGACCUCCGUGCCUCACUGCCGCUAUAUAAGCCAGCAGUCCUGUGAUCUCACAGAGGAGACCUUGCCCGAGAGCUUUGGAUAUUUUGGAAGGGUCAGGAGCGUUCUUGGAAGCCAGACAUCAGAGUGGUCUCGAUCGACACGAUACACAUUCACAGAAGUUAACCUGCCCCCGCCACAUGUAGAGUUGAAGAUGAAUGGCCCUUCACUACAUGUUGAGCUCAUUUUACCCAAGAUCACGAAGAACCACAUUACUCGAGACUACAAGGAUGUUUUCAAGUUUAACCGCAUAUAUAAAGUUUGCAUCCGGCGAACCAAAGACAAUCACAUGUUUCAGUACGUCAAGGAUGUCGAAAGCUUCAGUAUUGAAGGCCUUGUUGGGUCAAACGAGUAUUGCUUGAGUGUUCAGCCUUUAAUAUCGUCACGAAAAAACAUUGGAGAAGCAUCUGAAGAGAUCUGUAUUUAUAUCCCAGAACAAGAGUUUCCAAGCACUACCCUUCUGCUCCUGGCAGUCUGCACCCUGAGCUUUCUGGUCCUGUUGAUCUGUGUCAAUUUCUUCAUCUGUUUGUAUAUCCGUGGAGUGGUGAAGACUCCUAAAACACUGAAGUCCCUUAUGCAAAGAAGUUGGUCGUGGAUGGAUAAACCUCCCUCUCCUGUGAUUGAAACCACCCUAUGCUGGGAGACAGCCUUGAAGGAUCAUCUGAUGGCUGAGCCUCGAGACUCCCCCAUGCGCAGCAGUGCAGAUAGUGGAUUUGGAAGUCAGUUCUUCAUCAACAACAUAUUACAGGUGUCUCUAGUGUCCCCAGAGAUAAAAGGUGAAAGAGACAUAAGUGAGCCGAGGGUAAAUUUUGACUUUAAAGACUUCUCCAUACAAGAAGAAGAUCCUCCUGAUAGAAGUCUCCAAGGAGAAGACAGUGGUAUCAGCCUAUCUACUGGUUCCCCAACCCUCAAGCAUAUGAGCAGUCAUACUGAUACUCCCUAUAAAGGAAAUACACUGAAUUGUGAUAAUGGCGGAAAGGAAAUCGUGGUCAGUGUAAGACUGGGAUACCUGAAACAAUUAGAACCAGAGAAGAAACCAAACCCCUUUGAGGAGCUGGAGACCACAUGGCAACCACAAGUGAAAGAUUACCUUUCUCAAAGUCCAAAGAAUCUAUGCAAAGACCAAACUGACUGUGACUUGUUCCAAGAACCAUGGAUUCAAGUCCCAGAAAUAUUUCAGACUGCUAUUCCACAUACAGUAGCUUUUAGCCCUUUCAGCCGUGUACUGUGGGAUUUAGGAACCAGCGCACCAUCCCUUGGAGAUGUUGACCUCCUGGACACUAGAUCUUGAGCUUCUGAAGGGAGAUGUUAGUGCUGUUUGUAAUAAUUAUGACAUCUGAAUUAGAAAGCUGCUGUAGGCAACAGUAGUGACUGACAACUCUACAAAACUAGGGAAAGAGUAGAGGUGUAAACAGGGCCAGGGCGAGGUGUAAGAAGGGGUAGGUUUGAUUCUGCUAGCCAGUCAGAUAGCCCAACUGGCUACUGCAGCCUGUCCAGUAUGACUGCUGAACUGUCAGAGAGAGCCAGUCUAUCCAGUGGGGCAGAGCAUGGAGGCAGUGGGUGGGACAUUAUUAUGUCACAAUGCGUUUUGCAGUGUCCUUCAGAGAUACACAUUGGGAGGAACUCCUGUGAUACACAUCCAAAGAAUGGCACCUAGACCUACAGUGGCUCUCAUGGUAUGCAUUUUAUUUACUGCAUGCCCAAUAGAGGAAAAAAGGACAGCCAUAGUUGGCCGAAUGGGGGCCUAUAGAUACACCUGAAUGCAUACAGAAAGCAUACACUGCAAAACACAAUGUGAAAGCAUCCUAAGUUAAUUGAUUUUACACGGGCAAGUGGGGAGGGUGCAAUUUACCUUAUCUGCAUAGGGUACUAAAUACCUUUUCCUGGCCUGGGUACAAAGAUUGUCUGAUCUCACGCUGUAAUAUAGAAUACUAUUAGUACUUUCAAAACCUGGCCUUGAAACCAUCUUUACAAGGUUGACAUAGCUGUGUUGACAUUUCAGUAACAUAAUAACACUAUCUUCAUAUUGAUCUUAGAUUUAAACAUUCAAGGGAGGGUGUCACCAGGAAAUUCACUGAUAAACCAGGGGCAAUGCCUCGUAUGUCUAGAUAAGAUGAAUGUAAUGAUUUGUUUCACUUAGCAAUCCGUUGCUUAAUUCUAGUGAAAAAAUACUUUUAAUCCAUAUGCAAAUGAGCAGUUUAGUGCACCGAGGGCGGGCCCAAGCACCCUUGCUUUACCUACAUUCUCUAUCAUCCUUUACCAUUCCCUCUUGAUUGACAGGGCCAGGCAAGGUGAGUAUGUAGUAGUCUGGCCCUGUCAAUCAAGAAGGAGAGGGAGGGGCUGGUAAACAAAGCAGGAGGAGCAAGGGUGCACAGAGUGGCUUGGCCCUGCCCCCGGUGCACUUAACUGCUCAUUUACAUAUGGAUUAAAAGUAUCUUUUUUCCCAGAAUGAAACAAUGGAUCUCUAAGUGAAAGCUGGGGUAGUCCUAGAAAAGCAUUGUGCCUGGUGAUUUUCUUGCUGACAGGCCUUUAAAGAGGACCUGUCCCCUCUCCUGACAUGCCUGUAUUAAUAACUACAUGCAUUCCCCAUGUAAUAACAAUUCUGGAGCAUCUAUUCUUAUGGCUCCAUGUUGUGCCAU